CACCAACCAUCGUGACCAUUGCUACCACACGCUGCUCUCUUCUUCAAACCAACACCAUUCCAUUUCCUCUAACUCUAUAAGUACCACCCUGCAUGCAUACCUUGAACUUGUGCAUAACAUCUUCAAGUAAGUAAAGUACUUAAUUGCACUCUGUGACGUCGCUUCCGUUCUGUUCUAUCCUGUCCUGUUCGUUUCGAUUGAAAAUGAGGCAACCUGAAGUCUGGGGCCAUGGCUCCAUAGUGGCGUUUCUCAUCAUCGCAGCCAUUCUUCUCUUCGGCCCACUUUUCAUGGGUGCCAUUUCGCCGCCAGGAAUUCCUCUGGUUCUUGUUUUUCCGGUGGUUAUUGUAGCGGUUCUCAUCUUUCUCAUUGUUGUCUCUAACUGACGAUUGCACAAUUUGAUGGAGCGAAUUGAGAAGCAGCACUAUAUAUAUGGGAUUAGUCUUUUCUUUUCUUGUUUUUUUCUUUUCAAAUAUGUAUGUUCUGUUGUGAGCAAUUCGUGAAGAUUAUUCUUCAUGAAACACAUUAUGUUAUGUACA